UUAAAAUGGAUUAAUUGACGUCUUUGAUAAAUGUUGGAUGCUUUUUUUCAUGAAUGCAAUCGAAAUUACGUAAUAAAAAUAGCGGGGAUAGUGAAAAAGGAAAAAAAAAAUUAUCAUUCAACUGACUUGUUUGAUCAGGAGAGUCAGUUGAAGAUUGUCGUUGUGUAAAACAUUUUCUUUUUUCUUAAAACCAAUCAACUAAAUUUGAUUUAAUUAAUAAAAUAUAUAAACAAUAAUUUUUUAAUUAUUUACUAGUAUAAUAUUGACAAUUAAUAGUAAAUUUAAAUUAUGGAUUUAUCGACAAUUAACACAUUAAAUUCAAAAGCUGUAAGAAUGUCAGACAAAGAACCAAGUGAUGGCAUUGAUAAUAUUGAUGAAUCAAUAUUUAAUCUUAGUUUUCUUGAUAUUGCAUUGACACUUGCUCUAGCAAUUUUUGCAUAUUGGUUUUUUUAUUAUCGUAAUAAAAAACAAGAUGAAUAUUCACCAUCAACAAAAUCAUAUUCAAUACAACCAACAUUAUAUACAGCAACAACACCAAUUGAAAAUUCAUUUAUUAAAAAACUUCAAACAUCUGGACGUAGUCUUGUUGUAUUUUAUGGUAGUCAAACUGGUACUGGUGAAGAAUUUGCUGGUCGUCUUGCCAAAGAAGGUGUUAGAUAUUCAAUGAAGGGUAUGGUUGCUGAUCCUGAAGAAUGUGACAUGGAGGAAUUGGUUAAUUUAAAAACAAUACCAAAUAGUUUAGCUGUAUUUGCACUUGCAACUUAUGGUGAAGGUGAUCCAACAGAUAAUGCCAUGGAAUUUGUUGACUGGUUAAAAAAUGGCGAGGGUAUUGAUUUAACUGGUUUAAAUUAUGCUGUAUUUGGACUUGGUAAUAAAACCUAUGAGCAUUACAAUGAAGUUGCAAUUUAUAUUGAUCAUCGAUUGGAACAAUUAGGAGCAACAAGAGUUUAUGAACUUGGUCUUGGUGAUGAUGAUGCAAAUAUUGAAGAUGAUUUUAUAACAUGGAAGGAUAAAUUUUGGCCAACAGUUUGUGAAUUUUUUGGUAUUGAAGGUGCACUUGAAGAUGUUAGUAUACGUCAAUAUAAAUUAACAGAACAUCUUGAUUUACCAGCUGAUCGUAUUUAUACUGGUGAAAUAGCUCGUUUACAUUCAUUAAAAACUCAACGUCCUCCAUAUGAUGCUAAAAAUCCAUAUUUAGCACCAAUUAAAGUAAAUCGUGAGCUACACAGUGAAAAAUCAGAACGUUCAUGUAUGCAUAUUGAAUUUGAUAUUGAAGGUUCAAAAAUGCGUUAUGAUGCUGGUGAUCAUGUUGCUGUUUAUCCAGUUAAUAAUUAUGAGCUUGUUAAUAAAAUUGGUGAAAUAUGCCAAGAAGAUCUUGAUAAAAUAAUAACAUUAACAAAUCUUGAUGAAGAAUCAACUAAAAAACAUCCAUUUCCAUGUCCAUGUAGUUAUAGAACAGCAUUGACAAGUUAUCUUGAUAUAACAAGUAAUCCAAGAACUCAUGUUUUAAAAGAAUUAGCUGAAUAUGCAACUGAUCAAGAUGAUAAAGAUAAAUUAAAAUUAAUGUCAUCAACAACAAGUGAAGGUAAAGCAUUAUAUCAACAAUGGAUUGUACAAGAAAAUCGUAAUAUUGUACAUAUAUUAGAAGAUAUUAAAAGUCUUAAACCAGCACUUGAUCAUCUUUGUGAAAUAUUACCAAGAUUACAAUCACGUUAUUAUUCAAUAUCAUCAUCUGGUAAAGUACAUCAAAAUUCAAUUCAUAUAACAGCUGUUGUUGUUGAAUAUAAAACACCAACUGGUAGAAUUAAUAGAGGUGUUACAACAACAUGGCUUAAAGAAAAACAUCCAAGUAAUCCACCAACAUGUGUACCAAUAUUUGUUAGAAAAUCACAAUUUAGAUUACCAACAAGACCAACAACACCAAUUAUUAUGGUUGGUCCUGGUACUGGUAUUGCACCAUUUCGUGGUUUUAUACAAGAACGUGAUGCAGCUAAAAAAGAAGGUAAAGAUGUUGGUGAUACAAUAUUAUAUUUUGGAUGUAGAAAAAGUGAUGAAGAUUAUUUAUACAAAGAUGAACUUGAACAGUAUGUUAAAAAUGGUACAUUAAAGUUACAUACUGCAUUUAGUCGUGAGCAAGAAAAGAAAAUUUAUGUCACACAUUUAUUAGAACAAAAUAAAGAUGAAAUUUGGGAUGUUAUUGGAGCUAAAAAUGGACAUGUUUAUAUUUGCGGAGAUGCACGUAAUAUGGCACGUGAUGUUCAUAAUAUUUUACUAAAAGUCGUCCAAGAAAAAGGCAAAAUGACAGAAAUGGAAGCAACAAGUUACAUCAAAAGAAUGGAUACACAAAAACGUUAUUCAACUGAUGUUUGGAGUUGAAUAAAUUAAAUUUUUUUUAAUAUUAAUUAAAAUAAUACUCAGAGUUUAAAACAUAUCAUGUUAUUGUUUAAAUUUCUGAGUUUAUAGAAAUAUAAUUAAUGAAAUUUACAUAUUGUAUGUAUAUAAAAAGAAAUAAUAUUUUUAUUUUUUUAUUUAUACAAUGCAAUUGCAAUAAUUUUGAUAAAUCUUCAUUUUAAUUGAACAACUAUUUUAUGAUUAUUUUGUCAUUAUUAAUUUGAUGAAUUUUUGAGAGGCUGAUUGUGCACAUGUUUUUUCCAUUAGUUGAAUUUUGGUAAAAUUAUUAUUAAAUAAUAUCAUGUUAAAAGUAUAUGAAAAUAUAAAAUUGUAAUAAUUUCUUUUUAUUAUUUUAUGUGCAUUAACAUGAGUAAAUGAAUUAUUAUAUUAUUUUUUAGGUGUCAAUUUUUCUUUUUAAUAAAUUUAAAUAUGUAUUUUUAAUUAUAUAUUUUAUGUACAUAUUAUUUUAUAAUAAAAAGAAAAUUAAAUGAGCAACAAUUUGAGGGAGAGUAGUUACUUAAAAUUACUCCUGACAUAUUAGAAAAAUUAGUUCGAAAAUUAUUGUCGAAGCACAAGUUGAUACAGUUGAUAGUAAUAAUACUCUUAUAGAAGAAUGUUUAUUUACUUAGAAAAAAUUUAUAGAACUAAUGUAAUAUUUUUUUAUUUAACAAUUAGUGUUUU